AUGGAAGCAUCAAAACAAGAACCAACGGAGGUGGUGAACAAGCAUCCUCCAAGGCUCUUUAGGAGGAAAAAAUGGACAAAGUUGGAUAUAAACUUUGCUAUUUCCUUUGCCCUUUUUCAUCUCCCGUGUAUUUUUGCCCCGUUCUAUUUCAAUUGGACUGCCUUUUGGAUCAGUUUCGUAUUGGGUCAUUCUACAGGUAUAGCCAUUAGUGUUUCGUAUCAUAGAAAUCUUGCACAUCGGAGCUUCAAGCUUCCUAAAUGGCUCGAGUAUUUGUUGGCUUAUUGGGCAGCCCAUGCUCUUCAGGGUGAUCCGAUCGAUUGGGUGAGCACGCACAGGUGUCAUCAUCAAUAUGUUGAUUCAGAAAGAGACCCACAUAGUCCUAUUUAUGGAUUCUGGUUUAGUCAUCUGAUAUGGCUUUUUGAUUCCUAUAAUUUGACCCGAAAAGUUUGUCCGAACUAUUUCAAUAAUUUUCAAAAGACAGAAAGAACCGUAUUUACAUUUUUCUUAAAGCAUGGAAAUCCGAGCAAUGUCAAUGACCUGGAGAAGCAAGCCUUUUACAGGUUCAUGCGUAGAACGUACUUUCUUCAUCCAAUUGUUCUUGGGAUAUUCCUAUAUGCAGUCGGAGGAAUUCCUUUUAUUAUUUGGGGAAUGUGCAUGAGGGUCGUAUUACUCUUACACGUAACAUCAAUGGUAAAUUCAGUAUGCCAUAUAUGGGGAAAGCAACCGUGGAAUACUGGCGAUUUGUCGAAGAAUAAUUGGUUUGUGGCUAUAUUAACCUAUGGAGAAGGAUGGCACAAUAACCACCAUGCAUUUGAAUAUUCAGCAAGACAUGGUCAUCGAUGGUGGCAAAUUGACUUUGGGUGGUAUCUUAUUAUGUUUCUUGAAGCCAUUGGAAUGGCUACUGAUGUGAAAUUACCCUCUAAAAAGUACAAGAACCAAAAACUCCUCCUUCUUAAGCCUAUGAUUGAUAAUUAAGAUAUGAUUAACUUAAUGAUAUGGGUGGUUGUUUGGAAGAUGG